AUGGGCGAUGGGGGCGCGGAGCGGGACCGCGGCCCCAAGCGCCGGGAGGAGCCUGGUGGCCGCAGCGGGCGUCACGGAGAGCACCGCGGAGCGGAAGAUUUGCGUGCUGACACAGGUAGCGCGAGUCCGAGGGAGAUUGCUGGAACCUCCGCCUCCAGCCCUGCAGGCUCCAGGGAGAGCGGCGGGGACAGCGACGGACAGCAGGCGCUCGGUGAGACGGACCACUGCCGCCGCAUCCUGGUACGAGAUGCCAAGGGAACCAUUCGGGAAAUUGUCCUGCCCAAGGGCCUGGACCUCGACCGACCCAAGCGGACUCGUACCUCCUUCACAGCAGAGCAGCUGUAUCGUCUGGAGAUGGAGUUCCAGCGCUGCCAGUAUGUGGUGGGCCGCGAGCGCACGGAGCUGGCCCGCCAGCUGAACCUCUCUGAGACUCAGGUGAAGGUCUGGUUCCAGAACCGCCGCACCAAGCAGAAGAAGGACCAGAGUAGAGACCUAGAGAAGCGGGCAUCCUCCUCUGCCUCCGAGGCCUUUGCCACCUCCAAUGUUCUGCGGCUCCUGGAACAGGGCAGGCUGCUCUCCGUGCCCAGGGCUCCCAGCCUCCUAGCACUGACCCCUGGCCUGCCAGGCCUUCCCGCCAGCCACAGGGGCACCUCCUUGAGUGACCCCAGGAACUCCUCCCCACGCCUCAAUCCAAUGCCCUCGGCCUCCUCAUCGUCCCCUCUGCCACCCCCGCUGCCAGCCAUCUGCUUUUCCGCAGCUCCACUCCUGGACUUGCCUGCGGGCUACAAACUGGGGUCCUCAGCUUUUGAGCCCUACAGCAGACUAGAACAACAGAAAGUAGGCAGCCCUGGCCAAAGCGACAAGAAAGCUGACAUUUAA